AUGUCGGGAGGUGUGCGUAACCUGCGAGCCAUGUUCGAGAAUAAAGAUCCCGCAGAGAGCGAGGAUCGAGGUCGUUCCCCUGGAAGUGGUUCAUUAGGUCAGGAGCUCCUUCCUUCUGCAGUUGACUCUGAACUAAACCUGCAAGGCGUUCCAAGCACAGGGGCUUCACCUCGACCUCUUUCCAAAGUCCGCACCAGUUUCGUGACCGUCGAACGAAGUGGCCAGCUGGGAAACCAGAUAGGCCUCAUGAGAGCAGACAGCGCUGCUUCCAACACAUCGAGGCGGCGGACAAGCAUCGGCGCCGAAGACGAGACCGUGAACGAUAUGCAGGCAAGGAAACAAUCCGUGGCUCUCGAACAGGCGUUGAAGAAGCAUUCUGCCAUGGAGGAACAAACACAAGAGGUGGUCGAGGAGAAGGCUCCUCCAGCUGAAAAGACAAUACCUGUCUCGAAUGGCGUUGAGAAGACGGAACCCGCAAAGCCUGCAACUCCUCCACCUGCACCCAGCAAAGUGGAAGAGAAGGUCUCAACUGGAAAGACAAAUGGUGCUGCCAAAGCUCCGACGACCAAACCUGCUGAGAAGUCAGCAGCAACCAAGACUGCAACCAAGCCUGUAGCAAUUUCUACCGCCAAACCCACAGCUUCUUCCAAGACAGAUACUCCGAGAGCCCUCAAAUCACCUUUAUUUCCAAAGACACCGACAACACCAAACAGAGGCCAGACGAAGGCGACGGAGGCACCAGCUCAACCGAAGGAAACAAAACCCAAGGAAGCACAAGUUAAGGAAGCACCUGUAAAACCCAAGGAAACAGCCCCCAAGGAAACAACCACUAAGGCAACAACAAAACGGAAAGACACCAAGGCUCCCAGAGCUUCUUUAGCACCAAAGCCCACUGCCACCCGAUCAUCCAGUAGACCACCUUCAACACAUACUAAUGGCGCUGCUCCUAAAACAAGAAUCCCCAAGGAAUCUCCACCACAAACCGGCUUCAAGAAGCCCCGUCCAAAGUCACCAACACGACCAGUCAAGCUACCAGCAUCUCUGACUGCCCACACCGCAUCCUCCGGCUCGAAGACAGCAGCGUCGCCUCCACGGCGUUCACUUAGUCGUGCAUCUGGCAGUUCUCAUACCAAUUCUCUCCAAGCCCCUGCCGCUGCUCGCUCUCCUGCUCGUUCACCAAGCCGGGUAAGUACAACCUCUUCUGUAGGUCGUAAGCCUUCGACCACUAGGCAAGGUGGUACCAGACCUUCAAUCGGUCCUCCACCAGCACAGGCCAUCAAGAAGAAAACAUCUCGGGCCAGUUUGGCCCAACAACCUGCACCUGCCGAUGAAUCUUUCCUAGCACGAAUGAUGCGACCAACGACUGCAUCCCAAGGAAAGACUGCUGAAAAGCCAGCCGAAAAUGCAGUGGUUCCAAAAAGAGCUCCAUCCGUCAAACGUCAAAUUACUGGAGAGGCCCCAGCGAAGACACAUGAUUCAUCCAAGGUUAGCCCUAAACAAAAAGCCAAACAAGUUGCGCCAGCAAAAGUUGCUACAAAGACCACGAAGCCGGUAGAGAAGGCACCUAAGACGCCAACAUCAGUCAUCAAGUCAUCCACAAAAACUGUCCCUAAGAAGGAGUCCAAGGAGAAGGUUGUCGAUGUGCCCGCACCUGUUCCAGAGGAGGUGAUUGAAGCCCCAGUAAUUCAGGCAGCGCCUGUUGAAGAGGCCACUGAGAUUGCGCCAGUUGCUGAGAUCAAGGUCGAGGAGGUGGCUCAAGCUUCACCUGAGGUUGCUAAGGAUGAGCCUGUCGUCGAGGAGAAGGUCGUCACCCCAGUUGCCGAGGUCAAGGAAGAAGCUGUUGUCCCAGAGCCUGUAAAGGAGCAGGGACCAGUUGAGGAGCCAAUUGCAGUUCCUGAACCAGUUGUUGAGGCCGUUGUUGAAUCUCAGGAGGAGACUCCAGUUAUUGAAGCGCCAAAGGUUCAAGAGCCCGAAAUUGUCGAGACUAAACAAGAGGUUCCUGCUGUCAUCGAGCCAGAGAUCUCUGUUCAGGUCCCUGUCAAGGAAACCGUCGUCGAGCCAGCAAACAUUGCCAUUCCACCUACACCAAUCCAGAGCAGAUUUCAGAUUGACGAGGACGAAGACCCUGAGGACGCCAAGGCCCGUGCAGAGAUUGAAAAGCUCAACGCUGAAUUCGCCAAGCUUGCAGCUGCACCAUAA